ACCUCCACCGACCUUCCUUUCAUUCCGGUAAUCCGUCUGCGUAGGGUGUGCUCCGGAGCUAGUCUCGGCACACAUUUUAUUAUUAUGAAACAAACCAAAAGCUAGAGAGUACACGCAGACAUAUUUUUAUAAGAAAAAUAAAAAUCGGUGAAGCAGGAUUUGAUUUGCCAAACCAAGCAACGCGAAGAAGACGCUGCCUUCGAUAUCGAACGAAAGACGGACCGAGAAAAACGUUAGCAAGGGAGCUAGCGUCAUUGUUGGGAGCGUGGCUGUUAUACGUUAGGUUAGAUAGUUGUUUUGAUUAUUAGUUUCCUCCAUUGAAAAGGCUUUAUCACUCGAUUUACGUCUUUUAAUUGGAAAAUCGACGUCUUAUAUUUUUCCUGUUUAGCUUCCUGAGUGACUGUGAAGACACAGACUCAGAAUUGUGAGGUCUGCUGGCCGUAUCUGUUAGGCCACGCUCCGACAUUUUGCUAAUCUAGCUAACGUGUCCACGUUGCUAGCGGACACAGCGGUUAUCAGUCUUCGCUGCGUGUCGGAAUUUUGUGAAGCUUUCGAGAGAACGAAGGAAGGGAACCGUUUUAUUACGAAGAGUGAUAUCGACCGCUGCUUUUCAGCCAUCUUUAAGCUAUCACAGCAUUAAAAUUGCUUAGACGGAGAGCACGCGUCGUCAGUCAUGAACCCCAGCGCACCUAGUUACCCGAUGGCCUCCCUGUAUGUGGGAGACCUGCAUCCAGACGUUACGGAGGCCAUGCUCUACGAGAAAUUCAGCCCGGCCGGGCCCAUCCUUUCCAUCAGGGUAUGCAGAGACAUGAUUACCCGCCGAUCCCUUGGCUAUGCCUACGUCAACUUCCAGCAGCCUGCUGACGCUGAACGAGCCCUGGACACCAUGAACUUUGACGUGAUCAAAGGCAGGCCUCUCCGCAUCAUGUGGUCUCAACGUGACCCCUCCCUGAGGAAGAGUGGAGUUGGCAACAUCUUCAUCAAGAAUCUGGAUAAGUCUAUUGAUAAUAAGGCCCUCUAUGAUACUUUCUCCGCCUUUGGAAACAUCCUUUCAUGCAAGGUGGUUUGUGAUGAAAAUGGCUCAAAGGGUUACGGCUUUGUGCACUUUGAGACCCACGAGGCUGCCGAGCGGGCCAUUGAGAAAAUGAAUGGCAUGUUGCUCAAUGACAGAAAAGUAUUUGUUGGUCGCUUCAAAUCACGGAAAGAGCGAGAGGCUGAGCUUGGAGCCCGUGCAAGAGAGUUCACCAACGUUUACAUCAAGAACUUUGGAGAGGACAUGGACGACGAGAAGCUGAAGGAAUUGUUCAGCAAAUAUGGACCUGCACUCAGUAUCAGAGUCAUGACAGAUGAAAGUGGCAAAUCCAAAGGAUUCGGCUUUGUCAGCUUCGAGAGACAUGAAGAUGCACAGAAGGCUGUGGAUGACAUGAAUGGGAAAGAACUGAAUGGCAGGCAGGUCUACGUGGGACGGGCACAGAAGAAAGGAGAGCGUCAGAAUGAGCUCAAGCGCAAAUUUGAGCAGAUGAAACAGGAUCGCAUGACCAGAUACCAGGGUGUCAACUUGUACGUCAAAAACCUGGAUGAUGGCCUUGAUGAUGAACGUCUGCGUAAAGAAUUCUCCCCAUUUGGAACCAUAACAAGUGCUAAGGUGAUGAUGGAAGGUGGUCGCAGCAAAGGCUUUGGUUUUGUUUGCUUCUCUUCCCCAGAGGAAGCCACUAAAGCUGUAACAGAAAUGAAUGGGCGAAUUGUUGCUACAAAGCCACUGUAUGUGGCCUUGGCCCAACGCAAGGAGGAACGUCAGGCCCACCUAACCAACCAGUACAUGCAGAGGAUGGCCACUGUCCGUGCAGUUCCCAACCCUGUCCUCAACCCAUAUCAGCCAGCCCCACCCUCAGGCUACUUCAUGGCAGCUAUACCUCAGGCCCAAAACCGUGCUGCAUAUUACUCUGCCAACCAGCUGGCCCAGCUCCGCCCCAGCCCCCGUUGGGCCACUCAAGGAGUGCGUCCUCAACACUUCCAAAACAUGCCCAAUGCCAUGCGCCCAUCAGCUCCAAGGCCCCAGACCUUCAACACCAUCCGUCCCACCACGACCACCAACACCCAGGUCCCACGCAUGAUGGCAUCCCAGCGUAUGCCCACACAGGCACUGAGCCAACGCCCUGCUGGUGCUUCAGCCACUGCCACCCCAGUACGUGCCAUGCCCCAGUACAAGUAUGCUGCAGGUGUACGCAACCCUCAGCAGCACAUGGCCUCCCAACCACAGGUCCCCAUGCAGCAGCCUGCUGUCCAUGUCCAAGGACAGGAGCCCCUGACUGCCUCCAUGCUGGCUGCAGCCCCUCCCCAAGAGCAGAAGCAGAUGCUGGGUGAGCGUCUGUUCCCACUGAUCCAGAACAUGCACCCAAGCCUUGCAGGCAAAAUCACAGGCAUGCUGCUGGAGAUUGACAACUCAGAGCUUCUCCAUAUGCUGGAGUCUCCUGAGUCGCUGCGCUCAAAGGUGGAUGAAGCUGUUGCUGUGCUUCAGGCCCACCAGGCCAAGGAAGCUGCUCAGAAGUCCACCACUCCUGCUGGUGUUCCCAGUGUCUAAGAUUGAGCAUUUUGAAACCUGCUUCACCGAUGGAAAAAAGAAAAAAAAAUUAAACAUUGAAAAACCUAAAACUCUGAAAACAUCGCAAAAUGAUAAAUCAUUUCUUAAAAAAAGAAAACAAUUGACUCUGCCGGGUCUAGGGAUGGUUUGACUAGACCUUGAUCAUAUAUAAAAAUUUGUCAACAAAAAAAAAAGCAAAACAGAAAAUGGAGAUUAUAAAUUAGAAUGCAUUCCUGUUUUAUGUCAUUUUACUGUGUCAGCUCAGAUUAUCAGCCAUGUUCAGGAAGGUGAUUGCUGAGCAUUUUGAAAGGUGAUUUGUAUUGUAAACUGCUGGCUGUAAUAAAUUCUCAUUCAAAA